AUGGAGCCUUUCCGCUUUCGCCUGAACUGCAUCGACAACUACCAGGCGGCACCAACAGACAUCGAUCCUCCCCUACGGCGCAUUGCUGGUCCUGCAGGUCGCUUGGGUGCGCCACAAGUCCCGGUAAUUCGAGCCUUUGGUGCGACUGAGACUGGGCAGAAGGUGUGCGCUCAUAUCCAUGGAGCGCUUCCUUACCUGUAUUUGGAGUACAGUGGAAGCCUGGAGACGGAUGUUGUAAACGCGUACAUCCUCGAACUCCGCGCUUCUAUCGACCACGCUCUCGCCGCCACCUACCGACGGAACGCAUACGAUGGGAAGUCGAUAUACGUUGGCCACAUCUCGCUCGUCAAGGGCGUACCCUUCUUUGGAUACAACGUUGGAUAUAGGAUUUUCCUGAAAGUCUACAUGCUCAAUCCUAUGCAUAUGACUCGAUUCACCGAUCUUUUGCAUCAGGGAGCAAUCUUGAACAAGGUGUUCCAGCCAUACGAGAGUCAUCUGCAGUAUCUCCUACAGUGGAUGUGCGACUACAACUUGUACGGGUGUGACUACAUCAAUUGCGCCAAGGUACAGUUCCGAGGACCCGUUCCGGACAGUGACGAGAUAGAUACCGCGGUGCACAAGUGGCACGAUGCCUCUAUUCCCGAUGAAUUCAUGGCCGAAGCGGAUCAGUACCCGCGUCAAAGCCACUGCACCCUCGAGGUCGAUAUAUGUGUUCAAGAUAUCCUGAACCGGCACGAAUUACAAUAUCGACCCAUCCAUCAUGAUUUCCUAGAACGGUCAAGCCAAUUGCUUCGCAAUCCAGACGACAAGUUUGUGCCAUCAAUGGCUAGUCUAUGGCGAGAUGAAACUCGUCGGAGGAAACAUCGCAUGGGCCUUUCCGAUCCUUCGAGCAGUCCAUUCCCCGCUGAAGUGCUUGUGUCAAUGUCGGCGGAUACGCGGGACACAAAGAAGGGUGGAUGGAUUCACGAAGAAGAAUAUCGAGAAAUCGUCGAAAGCUUGAUUGCCGAAGAAAAGCGAGGAAAAGAAGAAGCGAGAUUUGAUAACUUCGUGAAGCCCAUCGCCGGUGAAGGACACAUUAGUACUGCUGUAGAGAGCGUCGAAGAUCUCUAUCCCAACGUUCUGUCUACGCAGCAGCUCCCAGAUGACGAUCCCGAAGAGGAUUCUGAUUUGCCAGAAGACAAUGGUGCGCCCGUUGAUAUUGGAGCCCAGCUCGCAUUCGAUGAACCCGAACCAAAUCAGCUGCACAGUGACGCCACUGUCGGCGAUGAGCAAGACGAGAAUCCAGCAGACGCCGACAAUCAGUCCGACACCGAAGAGCAGCCAUCACUGGAUCCCCUGACUGCAUCGCUACUCAAGGGCUCUAGUGAGAUGGAAACUGAAGACGCACUCAUCGAUGAAGGUAUUGAUUUGGUUGAUCCGAGUGAUGAAGGUGAACCACCUAGCAGUCCAGGGAAUAUGCGGAAGCGCUCUCUUGAGCCUAUGGACGAAGACUAUAACAAGCGUCAACGAGUCUUAGCUGCAACCCCUGGUACUAACAAACGCGUUUCGUUUCGCAACGCUCUCAGUAGGGGCGAGGACCCGCCUCAUCCUGGCCAGGCUUCGCAAGGAAGUAUCAAAGCUCAGGGCCUGGGAGGGCCGACUACAUUUUCAUUUCCCGUAGUGAAGAAUCCAAACGCAUCGGAGACGAUGCAUCGCUUGAGUAAAUCAGGAUAUUCAAACUCCCAAGAAGGUCCAAAGACACCUGGACCUAAGUAUCUUAUGGCGAGAGCUUCGCAACAUUCCCCGAAAACCCCCUGGACACAUCAGAAGACUUCGCCCAUGAUGCUGGGCAGCAGUACUCCGAAAGUUCGCUCUCAAGUAGCCUCUUUAGUGCGGCGGUUGGAAAAAUCACACAAGCACAUGCAUCCUACUGUCUAUUACGGCUCCUUACCUCCAUCGGUCGAGGUCGUCGAAGGUACCAUGAUGCAUGCUGGACUUCCACCGGUGAUCUAUCAGGAUGCCUACUACAGUGAAGAGAAAGAUGUUCCAGAUCGACCGAGAGAGUACGCGGGUCGAGGAUUCAAACUACAGAGCACUACAUUACCGUAUCUUCCUCCAUUUGACCCCACUGGUGCUUCCCUCGCCAACAUCGGAGAGUAUCCGCCAGUUGUGGUAGACAAAAAGAGACAGACUACAAUGUAUCAAGCAAGAUCACGUCGUUGUAGCCUGCGUCAUUGGGAGUUUGCUACACCUCCACCUACUUUCAAGGAAGUGGAGAGCUGGAAUAACCGGCAAGCGAAGCCACGUAAGGUGGCGAAGCCCAAAUCUAAAGCAGAGGAGGCGACAUCUGUACCAUUACGCAGAUUCAAUCCCAUGAGUCAUCUUUCACAGAUCGAAGGCCCGACACAGAAUAAUCCACACGGCUUCAAAUACUCCCAAAAACAAAAGACGACGAGUGUCAAGCAUGACGUCCAGUACAUGAGCAUCAUGAGCUUAGAAGUGCACGUCAAUUCCAGGAGUUCUCUCGUGCCAGACCCAGCUGAAGAUGAGAUCCAAUGCAUUUUCUGGAGCGUGCAGGGUGAAGAGAAUGCGACUACCGACCGCCCCCGUACCGGCAUAUUGUGUUUUUCCGACGAAGAAGGUAUCGCUGUACGCAUUGCUAAGCAAGUCUCAGUAGAGGUUGAAUACGAGGAAGAUGAGUUGGAUCUGAUCAACCGUGUUGUCGAUAUCGUCCGCCAGUUCGAUCCGGAUAUACUCACAGGAUAUGAAGUACACAAUAGCUCAUGGGGUUACCUCAUAGAACGUGCGAGGAUGAAGUACGAGUACAAUCUAUGCGACGAGAUCAGCAGGAUGAAGUCGCAAUCUCAUGGCAGGUUCGGAAAGGAGGCCGAUCGAUGGGGUUUUACACACACGUCUACUAUUCGAAUCACUGGCCGCCACAUGAUCAACAUCUGGAGAGCUAUGCGAGGGGAGCUGAACUUGCUUCAAUACACUAUGGAAAACGUAGUCUUUCACUUACUUCACAAGCGCAUACCGCACUAUCAGCAUUCCGAUCUUACGACUUGGUAUACAAGCGGAAAGCCACGGGAUCUGGCAAAAGUGCUUGAUCACUUUGUAAAACGCGUACAACUCAAUCUGGACAUUCUAGAAGCCAACGAGAUUGUGCCUCGAACUAGUGAGCAAGCUCGCCUGCUUGGUGUAGACUUCUUCGCAGUCAUCUCGAGGGGUUCUCAGUUCAAGGUCGAGUCUACCAUGUUUCGCAUCGCAAAGCCAGAGAAUUUCAUCCUUGUUUCACCAAGCCGGAAGCAGGUCGGUCAGCAGAAUGCGCUCGAGUGUCUACCUCUGGUGAUGGAGCCGCAGAGUGCGUUCUAUUCAAGCCCGGUGCUCGUCCUGGACUUUCAAUCGUUGUACCCCAGUGUGAUGAUCGCCUACAACUACUGCUACUCAACAUGUCUUGGACGUAUCGUUAGUUGGCGAGGUCAGAACAAGAUGGGCUUCAUGGAUUUCAAGCGCGAGCCGCAAUUGCUGGAACUAGUCAAGGAUCACAUCAACAUUGCGCCAAAUGGCAUGAUGUACGUCAAGCCAGAGAUGCGGAAGUCGCUAUUAGCAAAGAUGCUCGGUGAAAUCUUAGAGACCCGUGUCAUGGUCAAGAGUGGGAUGAAGCAGGACAAAGAUGACAGAACGUUGCAACAGCUGUUGAAUAACAGGCAGUUGGCGUUGAAGCUCCUGGCAAACGUCACUUACGGGUAUGCGUCUGCAUCGUUUUCCGGUCGCAUGCCAUGUUCUGAGAUAGCAGACAGCAUCGUCCAGACUGGUCGCGAGACCCUUGAGAAAGCGAUCGCGAUCAUUCACGCAACAGAGAAGUGGGGCGCAGAAGUCGUUUACGGAGACACUGAUUCACUCUUCAUUCAUCUCAAAGGACGCACCAGGGAUCAAGCAUUCACUAUCGGCGAGGAGAUAGCUGCAGCCAUUACCGCUGCAAACCCACGACCUAUCAAGCUCAAGUUCGAGAAAGUGUACCAUCCUUGCGUCUUACUUGCCAAGAAACGCUACGUAGGCUUCAAGUAUGAGCACCGCAACCAGAAAGAGCCAGACUUUGACGCCAAAGGUAUCGAAACAGUCCGUCGAGACGGUACACCUGCCGAGCAGAAGAUCGAAGAGAAAGCCCUGAAGCUCCUGUUCCGUACGUCAGACCUCAGCCAAGUAAAACGAUACUUUCAAGAGCAGUGCGCGAAGAUCAUGGAAGGUCGCAUCAGUAUCCAAGACUUCCUCUUCGCCAAAGAAGUUAAGCUGGGCACAUACUCUAAUAGAGGUCCUCCGCCACCCGGUGCUCUCAUUGCCACGAAACGAAUGCUCGCCGACCCGCGUGCCGAACCUCAGUACGGUGAGCGCGUGCCCUACGUAGUCAUUACUGGUGCACCUGGAGCUCGCCUCAUUGACCGCUGUGUCAGCCCCGAAACUCUACUUCAGGGCGAUCAUCUCGAGCUUGACGCGGAAUACUACAUCAGCAAAAACCUCAUCCCACCACUUGAACGCAUCUUCAAUCUCGUUGGCGCUAAUGUAAGACAAUGGUACGACGAGAUGCCCAAGAUUCAACGAAUCCGCAAUGUUUCAAUCCCUAUGGCCAUCAAACAGGAUAAAAGCAACGGUCUUUUCUCUGGUAGUAAUACAUCUCUUAGUAAAACACUUGAGAGCUACAUGAAGUCCUCAAACUGCUUGGUCUGCCGAUCAAAACUGUCUGCUCCUGUACCAGCACAAAUUCCAGGCGGCGAAGGUAGUCCCUACGCCAUGCUGCCCCUUUGCGCAAAGUGUCUCAAACGCCCAGCGCAUUCACUACUAUCGUUGAAAUACCGCAUCUGGAGCACCGAGACACGUGUAUCAGAGGUCGAACAGGUGUGCCGGCGCUGCUCGAAUCUGGCCUGGGGCGAAGAAAUCAAAUGUGAUAGUAGGGACUGUCCUAUCUUCUACACGCGCAUCAAGGAACGCUCGAGGCUAUCCGCGCUGAAAGAUAAUGUCGGCCCAGUCAUUGAACUCAUGGAGAAAGCAGAUGAUGAGGUAUACAUGGCGAGGGACGAAAGCAAGGAAAGAAGCAAGAGUGAGAAACUGGCUUGGUAA